UAAAGUAGAAUUGGAUCGACAAUUUAUUUUUGCCCGGCAAGAAGGGGAAAAAGAAGGGGAAAAAAAAACAUUUACUUUGGCGUCGCCCACGUUGUUGUUCGCUCUUAAUUUCUGUCUCGACCGCCGUGACCAGCAGCUGCGCGGCGGCGAUCUCUUCCGGCGAAUCGAAUCGAAAGGCGGAAAAGGCUGAAGGGUCGAAGCUGAAGAAGACGUCUCCGCCUCCCGAUGGCGUACCGGUCGGUGUUCGACGCCGGCGUAAUCACGUCGGAGUUCGACAAGGCCGGAAUCAGCCCUCACUUCAUCCCCUGCGUUUGGAAAUGGGUGGCGCGAAACCCUAGCUGCGAGUGGACCGACAUACCGUCGCUGCCCGCCGCCGCGUACUUGGUGCUGAAUUCAAAGUUCAAGCCUUUGACCUCGACUCUUCACUCUCGAGUCGAUUCUAGUGACCAAGUCACCACCAAACUUCUCAUCAAGUUGCAGAAUGAGGCUUUUGUGGAGGCUGUGAUCAUGACAUACGACACACGACUAGGCAAAUAUUGUGGGAAACCCCGCCCAGGAGGUCUCAGGUCAACUCUGUGCAUAUCGUCUCAGGUUGGUUGCAAAAUGGGGUGCAAAUUCUGUGCGACUGGAAGCAUGGGAUUCAAGAGCAAUUUAUCAUCAGGAGAAAUUGUGGAACAAUUGGUCCAUGCCUCUCAUAUAUCCUCUAUACGGAAUGUCGUAUUCAUGGGAAUGGGAGAACCUUUGAAUAAUUAUACUGCAGUAGUGGAAGCUAUCCGUGUAAUGACCAGCUCACCAUUCCAGUUGUCACUAAGGAGAAUAACCGUCUCAACGGUUGGUAUCACUCAUGCUAUUAGCAAGCUUCAUAAUGAUCUACCAGGCGUGAACUUAGCUGUAUCAUUGCAUGCACCAGUUCAAGAUAUCCGUUGUCAGAUAAUGCCUGCUGCCCGUGCCUUUCCUCUGGAAAAACUUAUGGACACAUUGCAAGUAUAUCAAAAGAACAGUAAGCAGAAAAUCUUUAUCGAGUACAUAAUGCUCAACGAAGUGAAUGAUGAAGAGCAGCAUGCCCACCUACUAGGCAAAUUGCUGGAGACAUUUGAUGUGCAGGUUGUGAACUUGAUACCCUUUAAUCCAAUUGGCAGUAUUAGUCAAUUUAGAUCCAGCAGCGAUGUGAAAGUAUCAAAUUUCCAGAAAGUGCUUAGGGGUACUUAUAACAUUCGCACGACAGUUCGUAAGCAAAUGGGUCAGGAUAUAAGUGGCGCAUGUGGUCAGUUGGUUGUGAAUCUUCCCAAUAAGAGGUCCUCAGUUAAUGCGGAGCUCCUUGCUGACAUAGAGGAUUUACGUCUUUAAGUUUGUCAAAUUUGUUUGAGGAAGCAUUGGAGACUGCAUUUACUUGGACACAGUGGGUAAUGACUAAGUUCUCAGACGGUAGAUCAGCUGGGCGGCUCACAAAUUCAGCAUUAGAAGUUACCCAUUUCAGAACUCUUCAAUUAAAGACUUUACCAGUUGUUGAAACAUGGUCGGACAACCUAAUACGAGUUGAAACUCCCAACCGCAAGCCACUUAUAUGACUCACAGUUGCAGGAGAUAUGGCUGGCUGAUGAGUAUAUGCUCUUGGAUUCUCUCUGCUGAGAAGUGAUGCCACAAAAGGAUUUUCCAGUCUCGCUGAUACUUCGCCUCGUUCCCCAGAAAAGAAUGAGGACAAAAUCGAGAUGAAGGGUUUGCAAUUUGCCUGAGUCAGUACUGAUUUUGAAGCUGUUUCUAGAUUUUCUUUCUUUAGCUCCCUUGUAUUGAGCCUUCUUAUUCAACGGAUGCAUUGAUUUGAUUAGUCAGUGUGUCGUGAAGUUUUGCCCUCAUUGUAUCAAAGAACAAGAUCGAGUUAAUGCAAAGUAUCCAUACUUUGGCUUA